UAGUUGGGUUCAUAACCCAUGGAGCCACACCAGGAACUCCCAACCCUCCCCGUUUCAAGCUCACCAGGCCCCAGUCCCAUGCCUCAGAGAAUGGGGGGACACUGACCUGGUGCCCUCAUUUGUGUUAAGGUGUCGUUGCCUGGGGGACAGAGCUGGUCUCUCCCGUGGGCACUUGGCCUUCAGCGUCUCAGCCUGGUGGAGUCACCAUGGAGAUGUCAGGCUGGUGGGACAUGUUUGGGACGAAACCUGCUUACCCAUCAGCUGUCACACAAACACAUCCCCCAAAUUCUGACCCUGGUCAAGGCCCCUCCUCAGCACCCUGCCUUCUCUCCCCACCCAUCUGUCCCUGGCUGGUGUCCUCGGCCCCCAGCUGGAACAUGGAUGGAGCCUGAGCGUGGGGACAGAUGCUGGACCGUCUCCGUUGGGGCAGACGGGGCCCCUCGGUCCUCCCCAGUCUGGGUAACCUGACCCUGGCAUUGUGUCCAUCCUGGAACAGCUGACGGCUCUGUGGUCAGACAGCUGGUGGGGCCAGGCUGGCUGGGGUGGGAGUGUGGGCUGUUACAUGAGACCCAGAGCCUGCAUCUCUCUAGCCCAGGCCGGGGGAGCUGCAGUCCCACUGCUGUCACUGCCGAAAGCUGCGGCGCCAUGCACGGGGGCCAGAGGCUGCUACUCCUCCUGCCACUGCUGGCUGUCUGCCUGGGGGCCCAGGGCCGGAACCAGGAGGAGCGGCUGCUCGGGGACCUGAUGCACAACUACAACCCCCACCUGAGGCCCGCCGAGCACGACUCGGAUGUCGUCAACGUCAGCCUGAAGCUCACCCUGACCAACCUCAUCUCCCUGAAUGAGCGAGAGGAGGCCCUCACCACCAACGUCUGGAUAGAAAUGCAGUGGUGUGACUACCGCCUGCGCUGGGACCCAAGCGACUACGAAGGCCUGUGGAUCCUGAGGGUACCGUCUGCCAUGGUGUGGCGGCCUGACGUCGUGCUGGAGAACAACGUGGACGGCGUGUUCGAGGUGGCCCUCUACUGCAACGUGCUCGUGUCCCCCGAUGGCUGCGUCUACUGGCUGCCGCCCGCCAUCUUCCGCUCCUCCUGCCCCGUCUCUGUCACCUACUUCCCCUUCGACUGGCAGAACUGCUCCCUCAUCUUCCAGUCCCAGACCUACAGCACCAACGAGAUCAAUUUGCAGCUGAGCCAAGAGGACGGUCAGACCAUCGAGUGGAUCUUCAUUGACCCCGAGGCUUUCACAGAAAAUGGGGAGUGGGCCAUCCGGCACCGGCCGGCCAAGAUGCUGCUGGACGAGGCGGCGCCGGCCGAGGAGGCAGGCCACCAGAAGGUCGUCUUCUACCUGCUCAUCCAGCGCAAGCCCCUCUUCUACGUCAUCAACAUCAUCGCGCCCUGUGUCCUCAUCUCCUCCGUGGCUGUCCUCAUCUACUUCCUUCCCGCCAAGGCGGGUGGCCAGAAGUGUACUGUUGCCAUCAACGUGCUCCUGGCCCAGACCGUCUUCCUCUUCCUUGUGGCCAAGAAGGUGCCCGAGACCUCGCAGGCAGUGCCACUCAUCAGCAAGUACCUGACCUUCCUCCUGGUCGUGACCAUCCUCAUUGUCGUGAAUGCUGUGGUCGUGCUCAACGUAUCUCUGCGCUCCCCCCACACACACUCCAUGGCCGGAGGGGUCCGCAAGGUGUUCCUGCGGCUCCUGCCCCAGCUGUUGCGGAUGCACGUCCGCCCACUGGCCCCAGCGGCUGUGCAGGACCCCCGGCCCCGGCUAUGGAAUGGCUCCUCCUCAGGAUGGUCCAUCCCAGCUUGGGAGGAGGUGGCCCUGUGCCUGCCCCGCAGUGAGCUCCUCUUCCGGCAGCACCAGCGCAAUGGGCUGGUGAGGGCAGCGCUGGAGAAGCUAGAGAAGGGCCGGGAGUCCGGGCAGAGCCAGGAGCUGUGUGGCAGCCUGAAGCAGGCCGCCCCCGCCAUCCAGGCCUGCGUGGAAGCCUGCAACCUCAUUGCCCGCGCCCGGCACCAGCAGAGUCACUUUGACAGUGGGAACGAGGAGUGGUUCCUGGUGGGCCGAGUGCUGGACCGUGUCUGCUUCCUUGUCAUGCUCUCGCUCUUUGUCUGUGGCACUGCUGGCAUCUUCCUCAUGGCCCACUACAACCGGGUGCCCGCCCUGCCAUUCCCCGGAGACCCCCGCCCCUACCUGCCCUCCCCUGACUGAGCCAACCAAUUGCUGUUAGCCACGCAGUGUCUUGUCAGCUGUGUUCUGCUGCUGAGGUUAUGAGGAGGCUCUCUGGGGAGCCCCCUUCACAGUCAUAUGAGCCAACAGGCCCUGAGAAAAGCUGGGGAAAUAAAGCGGCAGAGCUGGAGCCCUGGAGUGGUUGGGGAUGGGAUGUGGGCAAAAUGUGCUCGUGGGAUCGGCAUCCACGUGGCACUGGCUUGCUGGUCCUGUGAUUCCCCUCACUUCGGCAAAGUGUCAACAACUCCCAUCAUUUCUGAAGCCCUAAGGACUCUGUUUUUUCCUAUCCUGACUAGGCAAGGUCCUAUCCUUCCAGGUCUGGCCCUCUUUUCCCUUCUAUGAGUUCCCUGUAGGCUCCUGAAGGAGGGAAGUCAAGAGAGAAGUGAAGAGUAGCAGCCAAUGCUCUCGUGAAAGAAAGGCAGCUGUCCACUCCAGCUGGCAUCUGCCUGCUUUCUGGGUGCUGUGAGCACCCAGUACUCACCUGUACCAGUGGUCUUUCCAUUCGGAUGCAUUUUUGGGGUCACUGAUCACCAAACAUUUUGUGAGUUCUAGCAUCUUUUUCCAUGGUUAAAGUAAGAGCUCCUCAUAGCAUCAUGGAAAAGCAAGAGUCACUAUUCCCCCGUGUUUGGCCUGGGCAAACUGGGACCCAGAGUGAGGGGCUUCCCAGACCAGUGGUGGCUAAAUAAGGUUUGGAGUCCAGAAUUCCCAACUCUGACCCAAUCGUCAACACUCCGAGAAAGUUCGAUGGCCUAGAAAACAGACACUUCCUUCUUCUCUUCUCACAGGCCAGGGCAUGUAUUUGCACUGGUCCCAAAGGAGGGGUCGAGCUAGGCAGGGAGGCAGGAAGGCAGGGAGGCGACCCUGACCAGUCUCCCUUUGCCCCUCUCAGGAAACAUGGCCAGCUGGUCUUUCUGAGGGAGAAGACUCUGCUUUGAGAGUAUAGCUGGGGCCUGAGUUCUGGUGGUGACGACUUGGGCAAGUCAUUUGUGUUCCCUCAGCCUAUUUCUUCAUCUAUAAAUACGGGCACAGGUGUCAGUUCCUCUCUACCCUCAUCACAAGAUCAAAGGUGCAGUGAAAGUGACUAAAAAGUGUUAAAGUGUCACAUAAAGACCUGAUAAUGGAGAGGGGAGAGGACCCCGGAAAUAACCCCCUCCCCCACGUGGAGGGUUGCUGGCUUUGGGAAUCAGUCACCACAAACUCAUCUCAUUUACUCCAGUGUGUGUGUGUGCGCGCCCGCUGUGCAUCUGAAGCAGGGGCUUAGAUCUGGCAGGCAACUGGAGGAUGGUGGACCAUCCCUGGUUCCUGUAUGCCUCUUACUAGCUUAGUCACCUGGUAUUGGUCCCUCAAUCUCUGACUGCUUCAGAAAGCGGAGAUUAGCUCUGUAGCUCCUGGCAGAAAUAAGCAACGAUUAACAACAGCUAUCGCUUAUGAGGGGCACCUGUCUACCGCCUACCACUGACGGUCCCGUUCAAUCCACACGCCAACCUGAAGAGGCGGAUACUUUCAGUACAGGAUCG